AUGCGCUCUAUUAGUAUCUUUUCAGCGCUGAUGUCGUGCGCGGCUGCUGAGUUAUUCACAUCCAUACCCAGUGUGAAUGAUCCUCGAUGCGGCACCCCAGCGCCAUCUGAGUCUCUUCGCGCUAUGGCGCGCGAAAUGAGAGCCAAGGAGCAACUUCAAGUCCAUCAAGUCCGAGAUAUCGACACAACUAUUAUUCCUACCGUCGUCCAUGUCGUAUAUGCCAACCAGACUGAGCAAGGAGGCUAUAUUCCGAAGAGUCAAAUUGAUGCCCAAAUUGACGUGCUCAACAAAGCAUGGACCCCGCAUGGCUUUUCAUUUGAUCUCAUCAACACAACCUAUACGGAAAAUGCAACUUGGACAAGGGUCAACUUUGACCGCUGGCCUGAUAUGAAAUUUGCCCUGCGACAAGGUGGAUACGGUACCUUGAACUUAUAUACCGUGUUAUUGACCGACGGGUUUGGUCUUCUAGGCAUUGGAACCCCACCUAGUGAUUAUGAGGAAGGAUCUGACAGCUUCAAGCUGGAUGGCGUUGUUAUUCAAGCGAACACGCUUCCUGGUGGCAUCGGCCCAUCAUUUGUGCCAUUCCCGGACAGAUACACUGAGGGCGAUCUUGCCAACCAUGAAGUGGGACAUUGGAUGGGCCUCAUGCACACGUACAUUGAAAGUGGCGAUUAUCCCCUUUCGUGCGCCAACGGCGACAACGACUUUGUUGAUGACACACCUGUCCACAUGCUGUUCAUAACUGAGAACGGGCCGGAUUUGAACUGUCCGCCUGGCCGAGAUACAUGCCCUGACCUCCCUGGACUCGACCCAACGGACAACUUUAUGAGCAGUGCGUGGCAAUCUUGCUGGAACAAAUUCACUCCGGGACAGGGCUUAAGAACGAGGAACAUGUGGGCGACAUAUCGUGGAGGACGGUAA